CGUGAAUCCUGCAUUGUUAUUCCCCCGCACGUUCAACUACCCCGGGGGACCUCGGGAACUCAAACCAUGUGUAUCGCAUUGAUCUCAACUGCCCACCCCGAAUACUCGUUGAUCAUAAUCAACAACAGAGAUGAAUUCCUCCAUCGUCCCACAUCAUCGCCAGACUGGUGGCCGGAGCCAGCCUCACAUGUCCUAGGCUCACGAGACCUAGCCCGAUCUACACAUGGCACUUGGAUGGGGGUCACUAAGCAUGGGAAGGUGGCAGUUCUUACCAACUACCGUGAAGACACGACCGGCGCAGCCAUCGGAGUCUACAGCCGGGGCGUCAUCGUCAACAGUUGGUUGAUCGGGUCCAUCGACAAGCGAGAGGAUACCAGGGAGUUUGUACAAGGCAUCGUGGCCAGCCCAGAAGCAAAGCAGGUGGGUGGGUUCAGUCUAGUGUGUGGACAUAUCAACGAGCCCUUGGCCAUUGUCUCCAACCGUUCCACAGACAUGGACCAGAUCACCUGGGUGGCAACGGAGAAGAACCAGACGCGAGGGCUUAGCAACACAAGCUUUGAUGACAGAACCUGGCCAAAGAUUAUUGAUGGAGAGCAGUUGAUGGAGGCUGCUAUUGCCGAGCAUGUGCAAAAGGGAGACGGGGAGGACGAGGAUGCAUUGGUUGAUCGUCUGCUGCAGGUUCUCAGCACUGAUAGUCUGCCACGACUGUCAGAGGAGGAGGCCACAAUUGAGACGUACAUCCAUCAUCUGCACAAGACUAUUUUCGUUCCUAUCAUCGGUGCUUCAAAUGAUCCUGAUCAAGCGGCAGAGAAAAUCGCUGCAGCUCGGGUAGAGGAUGAGACCAACACCCCAACAAACGGACCUCCUGACCAGAGUUAUACUUGUGGAUCAUAUGGGACACAGAAACAGACUAUUCUGCUGGCACGACCGGAUGGGCGGGUCCGAUAUUUUGAAAGAACGCUGUAUGACAAUGACGCUAAGGCUGUGCCGAUCGGGCAAGGCGAUCAUUCAUUUGAAUUCAACAUCACACAGUAG